UAUGUAUAUAAAGUGUAUAAUUUUCCCAAAUUCAAUCAGGAGAAAUUGUAUAGAAUAUUUUAAGACAAAAAUUUGAACGAAAAUAUUGAAAUCAUGAUAAUUUUUAAAUUAAAAACGUUUAAAGUUAAUCAAUUGAUUUGCGAAAAAUUCUCAUGUUCAGGUAUAGUGCAUUGUAAAAGUGAAAAUGUUCUUAUAUACCGAUUUAAUUUUUAAAUAUUGAUAUAAUUCUGCAUAUAAUGAUAAAAUUAUUUUGAAACUGUCUUAUUCAUUCGUGAUUUUUUAAUAUAUAUAAAGAUUAAUAACAAUAUAGAUGUAGAGUGUAAGGUCCUGCGCUCAAUAGAGAAAAUAUUAGAAAUAGGAAUAAAUAUUAAAUUUUAGAAAUAAAAAUUAAAUUUAACGCACAAUGAAUACAAAUAAGUAUAAGACUUAUUUCUACUUAUUGUGCGUUACAUUUAAUUUUUAUUUCGAAUUUUAAUUUCCAAAAUUUAAUAUUUAUUCUUGUUCCUAAUAUUUGCUCUAUUGUGUGCAGGCCCUUAGUCAAAUCCAAUUAAUAUUAUCAAAUAAAAUAUAUCAUAAGCAGGAAUAGAUGCGAUGAAUUAAUAUGUAAGAGCAUCUUCACUAUGUGAAGUGACAUUUGAAUGCGAGAAUUUUCCGUAAAUAAAUUAGUCAAUUUUAAACGACUUUCUCGUUCAGUUUUUAUUUAUAAUAAAACCUUUACAUUAGUACAUCAAAACAAAAAGUAAAUUAAAAUUUAUAUAAAAAGGAUUUUUAAUCGAUGUGAUUAAGGUUCUUGCAUACAGGACGACGCUUGCUGCAUGUCAAGAAACAACGUGUAGCCAAUCAACUCAUCACUUUUCUAUAAAAUCUACAUUGAUAAAUUAAUUUAUAUUUGGUAUAAAUGGACAUAACGUGUAGUUUUCGUUGCAUGGCGAAUACUUUUGCAUUUUGCAUUAAAAACCACUAGUUUGGAUGCAUGCCGAUUUGUAAAAAGUGUACAAUUCCCUUGGCAAAUUGCAACAGGGACGCGGCAAUCGAUAGUCUGCGCCCUCACAAUGUAGGCGAUGAAUACAUACAUUUGUGCAUGCAGCUUAAAAUGUGCAUGCGAUCCGCAUGCUCGUGACGUAGUAUAAAAAAAAAAAAAUAAUAAAAAAUUAUUAUUUUAUCACUUUAUUAUUUUAUCUAUCGUAAGGUACAGGUAAACUCCUCCGAAAUGUCAUUCAAAAAGAGUGAACAUCCAACUAGGUAUUAUGAUGGAACAUCUGGGAAUUGUACGAAGAUGUUCUCUCGUGAUAUUGAUAUGCAAAAUGCUCUUCUUAACAAUACCGAUGCAGUUGGUGCUACUACUUCUACUUCAUACCAAAGCAAUAUAUCAUUGGAUACAGAGAGGAGAUACAAUGAUGUACAGGGCAGUCAGUGUUCUAAUAAUAUCCUAAUUACAAAUAAUAAUCAAUGUGAACCUACAUCUGUUAUUUUAAACCAUGACAAUUAUUCAAGCGGAAAUAUAUUACAUUGUCCUCAAAAUAAUUUAAGAGAUUUCAACAGCAUUAAUAAAUCUAACAAUGCAGAACAAGAGAUAAUUAUAAAUGAAGAUAGCGCAGCAAAAUGUACAACAGAUACAAACAAGAGUAAUAUACUUAAAUUUUGUAGAUUAAUUCCUUCACAGAACACAACAUGUAUACCUGAAUUAACAUCCGAAUGUCUCAAUAGCAAUGCAAGUAGUAUUGUUAAUGCAGAAGAAGACGAAACUAAUACUAGAAAAGUGAAUGAUUCUGAUUGUAGGUCAAUGACAUAUUCUCGAAAGAAAUAUUUAUCCUUUGCUAAUAAAUGCAAUAGAACAGGAACAUCGUCUGUGGAAACAAACAACACAAAUGGUUUGACAACAUUUGAAGAAAGAAACAAUGGUGUGUUACAUAAUCCGGAAAUAGAUAAUGUAUAUUUAAUUAUUAACGAAAAUGUACCUGAUGAAAAUAGAAGGGAUUGUCGGCAGGGAAAAAUUAAUGAUCACAUUGUAGCAAAUAAUUUUUCUCAAGGAUUAACUAAUAACACCUUGCCGACAGAAGUGCAGAAUCAAAAUGAAAUUAUAAGCGAGCAGCAUUGUAUUUCAUCAAAUGAAAGAACUGUAGCAGAAGAUCAAGAAACUGAUUCGGGAAUGGAAAUCAAAAUUGAAGUAGCUGCACUACCAGCUAAACUAACGAGAUCACUGCCUUCUCAUUCGAAUGUCGGAGAUAAUAGCGAGGAGAAAUCGAAAUUAGUUACAAUUGAAAAUAAAUCGCCAAGUUUGGUAGAAUCGUUCACAGAAGAGAUGCAAUCAAUGAACAACACAAUAUGUCAAGAUUCAUCUAUAGCAAGUAAAAUAAAUAUGAAUGAUGAACAAAAUCAGUUACUUGUAGCACCAAAGGAGAAGAGAAAAAGAGGUAGACCUAGAAAAGUAAUAAAUGUUUCCACAGAUGAAAGUCAAUCAAAAAAAUUAAGAAACGAUGAUAUAUCACAAGAGAUUCCCGAGAACAUUAACGAAUAUGUGACACGUAAUAGAAGGCGUACUAAUGCAUUUAAGAUUACCACCAGUAUAAGUGAUUUAAGCGAUGAAAGUGAUUCUGUGGAAGAUCAAGUUUUUAUCAGGAAACGAGGUCGACCACCUGGUUCUAGAGGCAGAGGUAGAGGUCGAGGAUGUGGUCGUGGUCGUGGUCGUGGUCGUGGUCGUGGUCGUGGUCGUGGUCGUGGUCGAGGACGAGGACGUGGUCGAGGGACAUCACAAAAUUCUUUAGAUACAGACUACAUUCCAAGAUCAACAAUAAAAAACAUUUCUCAAUUGCAAACAAAGAAGGAUAAUGAAAUAAACUUAAAUGACACAAAUGCGACAGAUCAUGUUGAAAAUAUCGAAAACGCUGCUGUAUAUUCAAAUAUUGAAGAAACUCCGAAUAUUGAAAAAGCUAGUUGUAUUGAAAAAAUAAAAUUGGUAACUUGCGCUAAAUGCAACCAAGAAUUACCGAAAAAACAAUGGUCUUCGCAUAAUUUACAUCAGCAUAAUGACAUGGCUUGGCAAAAAGAUAAAGAAGCAUUGGACUUUGAAAAUGACGAAAAAUUGUUAAAGAGAAUAUUGACUGCUGCUCUUAAAAAGAAAAAGAAAUAUCUAACUUGUGAAGAAUGUGGUACUAUGAAACGAAGUGUCGUUGGUUUUAUAUCGCAUAUGCAAUUUUGUGGAAAAUCAGAAGAAGAAAGAAAAUCAUUAAUGGUGACAUGUCCCAUUUGUCAAGCAGUUAUGAUGCCUUCCUCUGUAGAUGUACAUGAACGUUUCCACAGGCAAUCAGAACAGAAUAAAGAUAAAGAAGUAAAUAUGGAUAUUGAAAAAACUAAACGGAAAGCAGCAGAGAGAGCGGUGCCAAAGAUACAGCAACUUUCUAAAUCUUUAAAAGAGCCAAAUCUAUGCACGAACAAUAUCGUACAAAGGUUCAAUCUUAACAGAAAAAUUCCAAAUGUUUGGAAAGUCAAAUGGAAAAAAGAAAUAGAUUCACAGGGUACUGCAUCUUGCAAGCAAGCAGGAUGUAAUUUCACGAGCACCUCUUAUGAAAUUAUUUGCGAGCAUUAUUAUCAAUGUGAUUUUACUCCACAAGAGAAUUUUCUGUGUAAAAUUUGCAAGUUUUCUGCGGAUUCUAAAGAUAAGAUUGCAGCUCAUAUAACAGAAGUUCAUCUUGUCGAGGAGUUUGAGAAACAUUCUGAUUAUGAGGUAGAAGAAGAUGAAUAUUCGUCAGACGAAAGUAUUUUUGAAUGUAACGUGAAACGAAAGUUUAGUAGUCGUCGUUUAUCGAAAACUAAUUCUGAUAAUACAGCAGUCAACAAAAUCUUAGAAGCCAUUUGCCCAGAGACAAUCAAGCCAAGGCCACAAUCAAACAAAGCUUUUGAACCAGCUAUUGAUUGGACUUUAAAUUUCGAGCUAAGACAUUAUGAACUUGCAUUAUUCACUGACGAUGCACCAAAUUGUUUUACAUUAUUGGAAAAUAACGAUGCUGCAAAAUAUUUCCCAGAAUUAACAGUUUCGAUGUCCUUCAAAUGUACAAAAAACAAGAAUUCAUCGGAAAGUUCUGAUAAUGAUGGUUGGAAACACAUGAACAGAUUUGAGGGCGAUAUUUAUGAAGAUGUACCAACAUUUUUUGUCGGUGGUCCUGUAUGGGCAUUAGCAUGGUUACCUAUUCCAUCACCGAUGUAUAAGAAAAAUCCAACGCAAUAUAUCGCAAUUAGCACGCAUCCCACAAUGGAAAGUUCAUAUAGCAUAGGAUAUUCAUAUACAAAACCAAACAUUAUACAAAUAUGGGAUGUUGGAUCUUUAAACCAUGAUGAUAAUAACGAAUAUAGAUCGCCCACUUUGGCUUACGCGAUUGUGCAUAAUUAUGGUACAGUAUGGUGUUUUGAAUGGUGUCCAUCAGGAUGCUAUCAAGACAUUGAUCUUGACAAUUAUAAAAUAGAAGAUAAUAAACUUAAGCGAAUGGGAUUACUUGCGGCAGCAUGUUCGGAUGGAUGUGUAUAUAUUUAUUCGCUACCGUUUCCAGACGAACUUAAAUUCGAAAAAAUCGAAUCUACCUCAUGGCCUGUUUAUAAAACUGAUCCAAUAAUGACACUGGUCGUCAACAUUCCUUUGUAUGACAAUAAUGCACAAAACUGGCAGUGCUCCAAGAUAUCAUGGACGAAGGAGCAUAAGCAUGAAUUUCUUGCGGCAGGUCUUACGAACGGUCAUGUCGCAAUAUGGCAUCUUCCCACUGUCUCGCCUCUGUUACUUAAGACACGGGGAAAUACGAAGGUUAUAAACGCGUGCCAAGAUUUCUUUGCGCAUUAUAAUGCAGUUACCAUGCUGGCAUUUAUACCAUACGCGAACCAUCAAUUUCUUGCUUCUGGCAGCAUGGAUGGAUAUAAAUUUUGGGACCUGCUCGAAGGUUCAGGUGUACCACAGAGCUGGAUAAAAAAAGGCAUAGUAGUAAAUGGCGCUUGGAUGACAAAUUGGCCGUGUGCAGUUGUUACCUUCGAUGAUGCACAUGGAUAUCAAUGUACGCAUACUUGCAUAAUACCAACAAGAGACCUCGGAUAUAGAUAUUGUCCAAUUUUAGCAACUAAUUCGACGACUUAUGGUAUCGCUAUUUCCGAUUAUGCUAACAGUAUUGCACAUGGCACUUUAGCUGGAGAGGUAAUGACUAUUUUUCCUCAUCAUAUAUUGAAAAAGGAAAAAUUAUUGCCCAAGAAAAGACAGUUAAAUUCUUUUAUUGAGACGGUGGAUUUCUUAAAAGAAGAGCAACAUACACCCGAUAAGGAUGAUGAAAACGAUUCGACAGAAUAUAAUUAUAUGCCAGAAACCUAUGACGAAUGCAAAGAUCGUUUUGGUAUCGUUUUCCAUGAUAAUUUAAAGGAUUUACAGAAAGAUAUCACUAAAGAUAAGCCGGAUACUCUGAAUAAUACUAAAUUGAGGUCCGUUCAAGUUGAACAAUAUCCAUUUGCCUCUGCGAACAGGGUACGUUAAUACAAAUUUAC